CGAAAUCAGAAGUGAACCAGCUAGAGCUCACGUCGGGUUGUUCCGCGAUAAUCUGCUGCCGUCUCGUCGUCCGAAUUUCUUCAUCGUUUUUUUUUCUUGCGUGGGACUAGCAGUUAAUUAAUGGGAAGAAGAGACCCAUAAUUGUGACGGAUCUGGAGAUUUUUAUGACUAGCAAACAGGAAGUGGUCCAGAAAAAUUGGGAGUGCCGUGGAACAGAGUGAAGGAUUUUGGUCUGGUGUGAGGUUUGGCCUUUUUUUCCGGAGUGUAGUGGAAGUGAGAGCAGGAAGAAAUAUAACGGGAUUAGGCUGACAGAGAGCCGAAGAACCCCCGUGCCAGUGUCAGUGGUGGUCCAUUUUCAGUGAGUGAAGGGAAGAAAAAAUUGCCUAGCUUGAAUUGGUUGCCGAAGGAAAUGUGACUUAUUGUGGUUUGCAGGGUGAGUCCGAUUAGAGAAAGUGCACAGCGAAUUGAAGGUAUAUAGUUCGCCAUCAUUCGGAUUUGGGAGCAGGAACACUAGCGCCACUACCAUGAACGACGGCGGACGAUAUCCACACGGCGUUCACUCACAUUAGUGCAAAGAAGACGUGUAUCCGUGCUCUCGAUCCGUGAGCUCGUAGGGUAGGGUAACGAGUGCACACAGGUCGUGAUUGUGUGUGGAUUCGGACGAAAGAAAAAUCUAAUUGCGAAAACAAACCGUGACAGAGUGGUGGAAGUGCGAACAUUAAAAUCCAAAAGAAAAUCGAUCUUGACCGUUCGUUCGCGGGAAAUUUUAAUUUUAGAACCAAGGCGCGUCAAGGGUAGAGCCCUCAUCGCGACUGAGGGAGAACCACAAUGGGUGAUUUUCUAAACUUUUGACAGCAGCAGAAGCAGCACGCAUAUUUGCAGCGAAACUCACACAAUUGAACAAAGGGUGUCUGCGCAAAGUGAGUGCAGCGAGUGUUGUACAAUUUGAUAGAAGUGAAAAUCGUUUCUGAAGAAAUUGAUAAGGUCUGGUUGGAAAAGUGUGAAUUGAUAAGGAUUUUGGUGCACUUAGAAACAGAUGUUAUGCUACACUAUCUUCUAGGUAGCGGAUGAUUCUGAAGAAAGUGAAUCAUAAUAAUCUUACAAAAUCCAUUUCGAUCUGUGCAGAGCUGGUGCCAAUGUACGUGUGUCACAUCCCAUUCUGAAGAUCGCUGUAGUUGUUGGUUGUGAUGCGCUAGAAGACAGGUGAACCCUACCCAAAACACACAUACAAAGGGGCAAACUGUCGUCGAAAAAAUUACAAUCUACCGCGGCAGACUGGCGACAAAGAUGCGAAAAGUGUGCGAUUUCAUCUUGAUCGGAUGAAAAAAGGAUCCAGUCUCCUCUGGAGGAAGUGAUUAUGUCUACCCGUGCGAUUGAGUGACGUACAUACGUAAUCACAAUCUCAUUGAAGAAGGUAGAUUGUGCGUUGUGUCAGUGUAGAAGUGUCAAUCAGUGCGUUCCUUGCGAAUCGCGCAAACUUGUCUUAUCAAGGUGAAGUAAAGAAAAAAAACUAUCACAAAGGUGAAAAUCAUCGCAGAGCAUAACUGAGAUCAACACCGAGUGAAGAAAAUUAAAAAAUAACCUUGUAAAUAACGGUUUGUUACAGUUUCUGUUGAAGUAGACGGUGACGUCUCUGAUUUAAGCUUACAAAAAAAAACGUGACGAGUUGAAAGUUGACCACUACGCGGUCAAUUCCUUAUCAGUUACGUCAACAUAAUCUACCGACCUUUUAUCAAAUUAUUCUGGUUAUCAAGCAGUGCAAAUGUGUGACCGAGUUCCAAAAGAAAAACUUGUUUAAAACUGAAUCCAACGGUUCCCGGGCGCCCGUUUCCAAAUGUGGUUCAUCGUUCCAAUAGACGACGGUCGUUAAUUUACGGUUCCGGAGAAAAUGCAGCAUAGCAAGGAACGUCAGCAAAAACAGCAACAGCAACGCGAAGGUCGCGAACGUGACGCUGCACGACAGACAAGUGGAGUUCCCGGUGCCGGAACAUCAACAACAGCCGGUGGCGGAGGAGGUGGUGGAGGCACCACCCGGGGAGGCGGCACCAGCAUGUACUCCGCCCGGCACUCGGUCAGUUCGUCGUCCAACGUGCUGAUGGUUGGACCGAACUUCCGGGUAGGCAAAAAGAUCGGCUGUGGCAACUUUGGCGAACUAAGGCUGGGGAAGAACCUCUACAACAAUGAACAUGUAGCAAUAAAAAUGGAGCCAAUGAAAUCAAAAGCACCGCAACUGCACUUAGAGUAUAGGUUUUACAAAUUAUUAGGAUCACAUGAUACACAGUCCCCUCCCGAGGGGAUCCCGCGUGUGUAUCACCUAGGUACGUGUGGUGGCCGUUACAAUGCAAUGGUACUAGAACUGUUGGGACCAUCGUUAGAAGACCUUUUUACGUUAUGUGGAAGGAAAUUCUCACUCAAGACUGUACUGAUGAUAGCUAAGCAACUACUCCACAGGAUCGAGUAUGUGCAUAGUCGUCAUUUAAUUUAUAGAGAUGUAAAACCAGAAAAUUUUCUAAUCGGUAGAAGUUCAAAUAAACGUGAUAAAAUUAUACAUAUAAUAGAUUUUGGUCUCGCCAAAGAGUAUAUUGACUUAGAUACGAAUAAACACAUACCAUAUCGAGAGCAUAAGUCGCUGACGGGCACGGCGCGGUACAUGUCGAUCAACACGCAUAUGGGCAAGGAGCAGUCCCGGCGCGACGACCUGGAGGCGCUCGGUCACAUGUUUAUGUAUUUCUUAAGAGGUUCACUGCCAUGGCAAGGUCUGAAAGCCGACACACUCAAAGAGCGAUACCAAAAAAUUGGUGAUACGAAGCGGGCGACACCGAUCGAUGUGCUGUGCGAAGGACACCCAGAGGAAUUUGCAAAAUACCUGCGCUACGUGCGGCGGCUAGACUUUUUUGAAACACCUGAUUACGAUCACUUACGGAGAUUAUUUCAAGAUUUAUUCUAUUUUAAGGGUUAUGUAGACGACGGCGAAUUCGAUUGGACCGGCAAAACGAUGCAGCCCUCAAAUUUCUUCGCGUUACGUCAACUGCGCAAUGCACCUCCGUCACAUAUUGUCAAAACGAAAUCAGCAAAGUCCACACCAGUUGGAUCGUUACAGACGGGCCACGAAGUAGUCGUAUCACCAAACAGAGAAAGACACACACCUGUAAAUAAGGACGGAGAUUUAUUCAGUUAUUACGACGAAGAACUAGACGACGUUACCCUGCAGAUAUUGGAACAGCAGACGAAUUCGAAAGGAGGGGUCGCCGCUUGGCCGGACGUGCCCAAACAGACUGGAACCCUGGGCAACCUAACGCCGGCCGACCGACAUGGUUCAGUUCAGGUCGUAAGUUCAACCAACGGAGAAUUGAAUGCCGAUGAUCCGACCGCCGGGCAUUCGAACACGCCCAUCACGCAGCAACCGGAAGUGGAACUGGUCGACGAAACAAAAUGUUGUUGUUUCUUUAAACGAAAGAAGAAGAAAUCGACCCGUCAGAAAUGACUAGAAGCAGUGCAAUGUAGUCCGGAACGUGAGGCUGUCAAGCUACUACGAGCAACGUCACACUCCAACUCGCGCGACAGCGUGUUGAAUCCAAGCCAGGAUUAUAUCCAGGCGUCGUCGCAGCAUACGAUCAGAUAUCCAUCCACCUCUGUACUGGCAUCGACACCGACCGCCCAAACGCCGACACUUCCAUUGUAAUUUAUUGCUAACUAUUAUUACGCUAAUCCAGAUUAUUAAUUAAUUAAAUAUUAAAUUAUUUAUUAUAAUUUUUUUCCGCGCGGUGUUACGUCCCAACAUCGAAAACUACACACAAAUCGCAAAAAUACAACUACUAAAAAUGGUACUACCAUUUCCAUUCAUGAUUCAUGGUCAUCCAUACGCUAUAUUGUCGCGUACCCGGUUUUUCCGAAUAAUGCAAAAAUCGCACACACACCUAAACCGAAUGCAUCCUCCUAAAUCGGAACAAUCCGUCGUAAACCAUUUUCUGUGCGCGCGCGUGUGUGCGUGUGUAUGUGUCGAAAACGAUCAUCGCACUAAUCAACCCCGUACCAAUGAUCACGAUGAGUAGUGACUUUGAUGAUGACAUCGAUUUCGACCCUGACGACCUUACGAUCCUGUUACACUUUUUCCGUAAGCUUUGAUAUCAACUUCCGGGUGUCCCGGAAGGGAUCCUGCGGACGACCAUUGCUACUGUUACCACAAUAUCGGCCAUAUUGUUGUUUAUCCGACCCUCAGUAGCUCUAGUACAUCAUCAUCUCAGCCACCACCAAUUCUUCUUCCACCACUGCUACAACAAAGUACAACACAACAAAACAACCGAUCACCAGCAACCUUUCCUUUGUACCACACCUUCUAUUACUACUUUCCACUAGUACUACCACAAAAGGCAUACGAUAUUCUCUUUUUAGAAAAUCAAAAACUAGAUCAAUCCCCUCCCAGUAUUGGCAGCUUCUUUCAUCUCCCUCUAUCUAUCGCUCUCGAAUCACUAGACCAGUCAGAAAGUUCAACUAUAACCAAAAGCAAUAGAAUCUAACAAUUGUAAUCUACUACAAACAUUCCGACUCCCCCGCCACACGCGUUGCACACCUCUUUGCAACAACCGCGAUCCCACCCUGCAGCGAGUGCCUCCCGAAACAAAAUAUUGAACUAGCGCCUAGGAUAGAUAGAACAAUAGUUGUCAGUCGUACACUGCGCCACUGUCGCCUUAAUACAACAUUCUUCUCCAUCAUAUAUCUCUUCAGAACUUUCCCCAUUUAUCCGUACUUGUUGCUCGUUGGUGGUUACGCCACUCGCAGUGUUGCAACAGCCGAAAAUUUCCAACUGGUCGUAGCAGGAUUCAUUCAAAUUCUGACAAAACAAAUCUCAAAACGCGACGGUAUUUUACUCGGAUCUAGUCCUACUUGCUUUCAAGACAGUGCGGCAACCGUGUAGCACGAGAUGCCCUUCAAUCAGUAUUGAGCACGUCGUCAGUUUCUUCAUCUGAAAGUACGACUUGAAAACGGGCCAGAAAUCGAAAUCUACAUAUACGAAAACAUGUUCUAGUACUACCUAGCGUUCUACGUUGUGUAGUACUAGAAUUGAAUGUGUGAGUGAAUAAAUUGACCUGAAAUUGAAAACCAAGCUCAGCCAGCCAUGCAUUUAUCGCGAAACCCAUGCGUGCAUCAUCGUACCAGAGUUCACCUACAGCGACAGUAGCUGUUGGGUUCUAGUACUACCGGGACUAACCUAUGUUUGUCCGCCUCAUAGCAAAACCUAUAAGAGCGAAAAUAAUAUCAGACAAUAUCGAAAUGGAAAUUCGUGGCGUUCUGUCUUAGUCUGUUGAACCGUGUGUGUCAGUCAGGUGACGUGAACCGACUCAAAACGGAAGCCAAUCAGUCAUGUUUCUUCUUUGAUUUAUAAGGAAUCGGAACCAGCAAUUAUGCUAGUUUUGCUAACACGUCAUUAAUGUCGAAUUCGUUUUUAAACCUGGGUCAGUGCCAACCCGAACCCUGAAUAAAAAAACAUUUUCAGUUCCAUCUGUCAUUGGAUAUGUUGGUGUGCGUAGCAUCGUGUUUGUUUUGAUUCGAAACAUAUGAUCCAGGACAUCCGGUGCACUGGCAGUGCGUUGGCGUUGACUAAUCAGAUCAUGAUAAAUAAAUAUGUUUAAGUGCGUGAACUGAUUUUUGCGGAUAGUGGAAAUAACUUUUGGGUGGAUAUAAACAGGGAAACCGCUCCUGGAAUUCAUCUCAUGGCUCCGAUAUUCAUCCCACCAAAAACAAAGCAAUGGAAAGGAAUUUGGAUUGUUUAUUAUUUUGUGAUUUUUCUCAGCAGUGAGCGCGCAUGUUGACAAAAGAGGCGACGAAAUUGGUGCUGCAUUUCUUUGCUUCCCGUUGAGAUGAAUAUAUGUUCAGUGAGAUGGAGAUCGGUACAGUUCCCCUAUUUAAUUAUAUUCAAUAAUCCCGUGCACAUUUUUAUACCACGAAUUCCGUAUUUCCGUAAAUUCAUCUAUUUCUGCAAAGUUUUUUUUCCGGAGAACACUCAGAAGAAUGUAAUAAAAAUUCUCCAGGAUUCGCAAAUUUUUUUUCCUCGCUACCUCUCCUGAUAAAGGUAGUCUCACAGCUCGGGAAAAUUUUCCGCCGAAUUUUGGGCCCCGUGCAUUUUCAAUUUUCAAGAAUCUCCCGGAGGAAUUGCUCAAGGUACUUCCGGGGGAAUUUAUGUACGAAACUUGCGUAGCAAUUUCUGAAGGAUACUUCGAGUAAGUUCCUGUAUUCUAGAAAGAUUUCCUGAAGGAAUUAUAUUGUAGGAAUUUUCAAAUUAAUUCCAGGAGCAACUUCCAGAGAAAAUCCUGGAACAGUAUUCAAAGAUAUUCCUAGAAGAAUUUUCAAAAGAAUUCAUCUCGAAAGGAUCCCUUGGAAAAAAUAUGGAGGAAUGUCUGAAAGAUAUCGCCAAAAAUUCAAGAAAGAAUUUCUGAAGUAAUUUCUGGCAGAAUUCCCGGAGAAAAGUCUGAAACGCACGAAAGAGUUUUUGGAAGAUUUUCAAAAGAAAUUCUGCAUAAGAAAUAAUUCUAUUCGGUAUUCCUCAAAAUAUUUGACAUAAUUUAGGACACCAUCUGUGAGGAAAACCUGAAUGAACUUAUGAAUACAUAACCUCCCCAACAAUUAUUUUUAAAACUGAAUCUAGACAACAGUACCGGAUUAAUUUCAUUUUAAACUACAAUAACAAAUAUCACAAAAUUCCCGGAAAAAAAGAUUUUCAACGCGCAUUUUAUUUUAAUAAACAGACAGUUUCGUUUCUCCCUUCUGCUUGUUUAUUCCGCCCAGUCCCACCCACCCACGUGGUUUUGACAGUUGAAGUACAGUUGUAUUGGUGAACCCGGUGCGAAACCGUGAAACAACACAGUGCGAACCCGACAGCUUUGGGGUUGGAACUAGUGCGAACCUAGUUCCAACCUGAGCGAAUAAAAAAACACUUUGACAGCACUUAGGUUGGAACUGGUUCCAACCUAGGUUGGAACUUUUUAAAAACGAAUUCGACAUAACAAAACAAAUCACACACAUACAACGUUUGUCACGUGUCAGAGAGCGAGUGAGAGAAAACACGAAAAGAUUACUUCUGUAGGCAGCAUUAUGUUUCUUUUUGAGUUCUUAUAUUCUAUUUCCCGUUUGUUAAGACUACUAACUGCUAGUUGAAGCGUUUCUUUAUCUGAAAUUCUUUACAAAGAUGUAAUAUUGUUCUUUUUUUAACGAAUGAGAGUGAUUUUCAUGAGCGAGGAGAUGUUGCUUUUACGUUUGUUGUUCUUUUCUAUACGUAAGUUCAAUCUCUCAUUUAUGUUUUGUCUUCAUGAGCAUGUACCUUUAGUAGACACAGCUAAAACAACAGAGAGUGAACAGCAGGAAGGAAACGAAUAGGCAUAUGACUUUCUUUCUGUUCUUUUUCGUUUAAUCUAAUUGUGAUAUAAAUAGUUUCUUUUGUAUAGUGUAUAUUUUUACUGCGUACCAAGUAAGUGUAAGUGUAUUUAAGUCAGCUGAAAGAAAACUAUUAGACUAGCAAAUGAUGAGAGAAUGAAGAGAGCGAUUAAGGCGAGAUGGAAGAGAAAAUGUUUCGUUUAAUAGGAAGCAGUUAUCUAAUGAGCAAACAAAACAAAUUGAGAAAAAAAGCUAAACAAUAAUAAAAACGACUGUAGUAGCUAAAUAUUAA